UGUCCCGAGGUCCCACGUGACCUCCAUCCUCGUCUUUGGGCGACCUUUACCCACGUGAACCUCCUCCUCAAUUGUGGUUGGCACAAACUGUACGUCAACCCUUCACGCGAAGUGUUGACAUGCCCAUCUCUCUUCCGCUCUCUCACACCUUAUUCACCCCUUCUCAGACACAAACACUUGUCCGCAUUGCUCAAGAAUUUUAGAGUCCUGUUUCUUUUCUCCUCUUCCAGAACGAUCCUCAUGACGUUCUGUCACCAUAUUUACUUUGGCCUAGUCGUCGUCUGGCUGCUGAAUUGCGGCCACUUUGACUCUAUCAUGUCCACCUUAAAGCGAUAAAUUGAACAGGCCCGCCGCCUCGGUGUAGACGAAUUCGUUGCCGCGAAGCCGCAUCAGUUUGAUCAAUCCUUCCUAUUCUUCGUCCUUCAGGCGAGGACUCUCGAUUAUCGACUGCAGGCAAGCUAUGCUAUGCUACUUAUUUCUUGUGCCCUCCUUUUGCAAGUGAUUAUGUAUGACUGUUUGGACUUUCGUGCCAUGACGGAAUCAUCGGACUCCCCUUGGCAACUGCCAUCAAAGCCAUGUCGGCCGCAUUCUGUUAGCGGAGCACUCGGAGCCCAGCUUCGCUUCAUGUCAUCUGCUGGGAGUGGGGGCCGAUCACAGCCGAUCACGAACCAAGUGACCUCAUUGUCCGUUGCCGCGGCGCAAGGGGUGCUUUGGAUCGGCGCAUCUUCGAAGGGUCGUUUGCGCGUGUGGCAACAAAAGCGACGCAACGAAAUGGUCCUAUUCAAACCUCGUGGAUCUCGGGAUUCAUCCUGGACAUUCGCUUCCUCUUCACUCCAGACUCCAAGAAUAGACAUGCUUAUACUGAAAUUUGGUACCAUACUCGGACUCCUCCAGAAUCGGCUCCAUCUGGCCUUUUGUCCAUCGCGCUACACGAAGCAGGGUCGCCGGGGCAAAGGUCUUGAUGAGGCUUGA